GUGCGGGUCGUGCCCGGUGGAGUGCCCCGAUCGGUGCGACUGCGUGCCGGCUCCCGGCGGGAUCGCGACCGAGUGCAACUGCUACUUCUGCGCCGUGAGCUGCGGGAGCGGAUGCUUCUGUUCGCCGACCAAGGCGGGCGGCGAGUGCACGUGCCCGCCGCCCAGCCCCACGCCGGCUGCGGAGAGGUGCCCCCCGCCGGGCCAGCCGCUGCCUGGGGGCUCCGACUUUCGCAGCAUUGUUGAAAGGGAGUGCUGCCGUUCAUCGAACUUCGAUGCAUGUGAAGCAG